AAGUUAUUCUACGGUGCUUUUGACAGACAGACAGUUUGAUUAUUUCGAGACAAAUCAAUUAUAUUUAGGGAUAUUUACAAUGGCUAUCGCGGCCGUGGGGCAACUAUGUUCGACUGCAAACAUCGCUUCCAAUCUGGCCCAGUGCCAAACUCUGGUGCGAAAGGCUGUUGCGGCUGGUGCUAAGGCUUUGUUUCUUCCUGAGGCAUCGGACUAUAUCAGCUCAACAGCAGCAGAAAGUAUAUCACUUGCACGCUCUGUGCAGGACAGCGAAUUCGUGAUAGGACUUCAGAAGGAAGCACGAGAGGCAAAUCUACAUAUUAAUGUUGGGAUUCAUGAACCAGCUCAAGGUGACAAGGUGAAGAACACCUUGGUAUGGAUCAAUGAUAAGGGAGAUAUUACACAGCGAUACCAAAAGGUCCAUCUAUUUGAUGUAGACAUCAAGGGUGGACCGGUUCUAAAAGAAAGCGCGAGUGUUGAAAAAGGGAUUGGGAUCCUACCCCCGUUCGAAACUCCUGUGGGACGUGUUGGUCUGUCCAUUUGCUUCGAUCUACGAUUCCCCGAAAUCAGUCUGGCUCUGAAGCGUCAAAACGCGCAAAUCAUCACGUACCCAUCAGCAUUCACUGUUCCGACAGGGAAUGCACACUGGGAAUCCCUGCUUCGGGCUCGAGCUAUCGAAACACAGUCCUAUGUGAUAGCCGCAGCACAGGCUGGUCCCCACAACGAGAAAAGAAGAAGCUAUGGCCAUUCAAUGAUUGUCAACCCGUGGGGCGAAGUUGUGGCGAAACUUGGUGAAGACUAUCAAGAACCGCAGAUUGCCACGGCGGAUAUUGAUCUCGACUUGUUGGCAAAGAUCAGACGGGAGAUGCCCUUACUCAGAAGAAACGAUAUCUACCCCGAAGUAUAGAGGUAGAGGUUACGAGCCAGACUGCAUCGUUUUUCAGCGCUGUGCAUCGAUUAAAUUGCAGACCGUGUCCUUUUAGCUUAAGGUAUAGAUACACUGCAACAUUGAAUUGCCGUAGAACCCCAUUAUCAAUGCCAAUGGGUAGGCAACGUAGCGAAUGCUAAUCCGGUUUUAUGAGCGAAUUCUUUUAUUUAAACAACCGCCUGGGGCGAAUCAACACAGAAAAGUUCGGGGAAUACGAUGUCAUAGUACAUGCGAAGACAGAAACGAAGAAAAGGAAAAAGAACAAAGGAAAUGAAAUAAAGAGACCUCUCUAGAACUGGACUGACAGGUUGUGUCUGGCUGUCGCAUCAACCGAAAUUGCUUCCCAAAUCCAAUCACUCUAUGUACAACGUACAAGGUAAACCCCGGGACUAACGAAUUUUACUUUCUCUGGGGAUCCUCCAGGAUGCCCUCAGCUUCCAGCCUUCGUCGUGCUU